AUGGACGGUAAUUACACAGUUUUGGUGACCGGCUACCGCAUUACAGUUUACUGCCACCUCAUGAAUGAAACACUGCCAAAAACAUACAUAAAUCUGAAUAGUGAAACGAAUUUUGCUGAAAUCUACGGAAAAAGACUUCUGUACCCAUUCACGUGUCCUCACAAUGGGCAGCGUAAUGAUACGUGCAUGUGUACGGAUGAUGGCAGUGCAAGUGCUGGAUUUUCGAGUUUUUCAAAAGUUCGCGUGGAUCUUCACAAUAUGAAAAUAAACAUUCACGACCACACGUUUUCAACGACGUCGCAUGGCGAGCCAGUGGCGUUUGCAACGGCCGGUGACUGCUACAGUGCCGUGGACUGCCCGCAGGGUCGAUUUGGUAUUGAUUUACGAGGAACGGGUCUCCGAGUGGUGGAUGACCUUCGCUGGGUUGAUCAAGGACACCGGACCAGUUCGAGGAUUGAACGCUCUGAUGUAUGCUUCAUUGUUACAGUUUUAAAAAGUGCGCUAAACUCGGGGUCUCUGGAAAUUCUGGGCAAAUGGAAUGUCUUGAUAUAA